AUGCUUUUGCAGCAACUGUCUGUCAUCUCCGGGAAGCUGCCCUUACUAGAGGAGGUAUGCAUUGAUGUGGGUUCCAAGGGCCUUCUGUGCUCCACCGACACGUUCGCGGUAGCUAGCUCUCUUCGGAGAGUAGACCUCCAUCAUUUCAUGCUCUUUCAAAUGCCGAUAGACGGGCAGCGGCUCAUGCAUCUUUCAGCGACUGUAACUCAUAUCUCAGACGUCGAGCACAUCAUGUCUUUUCCCUCCAUCGUCGAAUGCCAUCUUUCCAUGUACAAACCCAUAUUCCAAUCAUUCUCUCCAAUCUGUAUCACAAACGAGCGAAUCAUCAGGUUCUCCACCAACAGCACCCAAAUAUUGGACACCCUUGCUCUUCCUACACUGCAGGAGUUGAGGAUCAUAGGAUGCAAGGCCGAUUCCGGCGAGUUGACAGCGUUUCUGCUUAGGUCGGCGUGUAACCUGCAGAGCUUCGUUACCGAUACGUCAUCUGGCAUCCAUCUAGACGGUUUAUCCUCUCUGGAAAAACCGACGGUUCACGUCAACCGAGAGAACAUUGUGUUUUCCCUCUUUCAUCAGCUCCUGUCUCCUAGAAUCCUCCCUGGGCUACGGGAGCUAGCGAUAACCGUUCUGCCGAACUUUGUGAUGUAUGUGAAGACACUAGUGGAUGUCUUGAGGAAGCGCAUGGAAAGGCAGGCGAUUUCGUUGAGGCUGUUGUGCGCAGAUCACGAUAAUCGGAUCAUAAAGCACUUGAAGCAAUGUGGGUUAGAUUUAUUGGAGAGUGAAGGGGUUCGUGUUGAUGUUGAGUAUAGCUUCUCGGAUAGUCAGCUGGAUUCUCCUUGGUUUUGA